AUGACCGCCAGUGAAGCCGGUCAUUUCCACACAGCGUUUCAGCGACCUGUUGCUGCUUUAACCAUUAACACACGUGCUGUGGCCACUAUUCUGCACCCGCCAAGCCCAUUUCAUAGCACCGCACCCCGUGCUGUUGGUUUACCCUGCGAACCUCUUCGACUCAUGAUCGAAUCGCCGCCGAGAAUGGCUUCCCUCGCUGCCAAAUACAGCUGCUCUCUGAUUCCUACGGGCUUUCCCGGGCAACCGUAUAAAAUGUCACUUUUUCUCCUCCAGAGUAUUCAUGGCCGAAUUGUCGCUCUGGAUCCAGCACUCCCCGACAUUCAAUUGAUUCAGCCAUGCAAUGUAGGCGCGUAA